UUGCUAUUAAAAAGUAAAUAUUUUCAACUAUAAGCAUAAACAUAUUCUGCAAAAGUGUAAAUUUUGUUAUUUUAAAUAGUUUUUUGUUCCUCAAAUAUAAUUUAAUAAGAUGGUUCGAAAGAAUAAGAUUAAACGCAAAUCUAACCAAAACAGUCACAGAUCAAGUGAAAAACAAAAGCGAAAACUGCCAGAAGAGCAAACCCAUAGUCCAAAUAAACGGAGAAUCUCAGAAAGAUACAAUCUUCGCUCGUCCAACUCAGUGAUAUUUGUUGGUGAGAUCCCUUGCUGCAGAACACCAGAGCAACAGAAGAAAUACACAAAGUUGGGGCUCAACUCUGCUUUAUUCUUGAAUAGUUCUUCACCUCCUAAACGUAAACAGUCCCACAUUUCAAUCAUAACUGUAUCAUCAGAAGAUGAAGUAACGAGUGAGGAAUUUACAUCAGAAUGGGUAAAAAACUUGAAUGAAAAUCAUAAUCAAAGUGAAGAAAAUGAACACUUAGAUGCUAUUAAUAAUCAUCAGAAAACAGAUGAAGACGGAGAGGAAGAUGAACAAUUAAACACUACUCAAAACCAAUGUGAAGAAAAUAAACUCUUGAAUGUUACUGAAAGUGAUCAGCAAGAUGAAGAAAGCAGACAUGUCGGUGGUAGUGAAAAUCAUCAGCACAGCGAAAGGGAUGAAACUUAUGUAACUCAAAGUUUUCAGAGCAGUAAAGAAGCUGAAAGUUUGGGUUGUAAUGCAAACUUAGUGAAGGAGCAAACUUUUCAUCCAAUGUGUUCAAGUACCCCUAACACUUCUGUUAGUUUUCACACUACUUUACAUUGUCAAACUGACAAAUGGAACAACCCGAUACAAUCAGAUCCUUGUACUCUGAAUUUAGCAGAAAAUACUGGAUACGACAAACAGGAUGAUACGAAUAAGUCACAUGAUGCCUGUUUGGUUGGAGCCUCCCAGGAAUCUAAAAGUUAUUUUCAAGAUCAGUUACGAACAGCCAAAAUAUCAACGUUUGUACCACCUUCACCUUCAACCUCAACUUAUAUAUAUCCAUCAAUGCAUCUACAAAAUGAAUCAAGGAUAUCUGCUUCUCAAAGUUUAGAUCCUAGAUCUAGAUACAUUGGAUCUUGCAACAACUCAACAAAGAACAAUGACAAAAAUAUGCCAUCAAAUUUUUAUUUUGGUUCUUUAUCAGGCCAAAACGUAACCAACCCCCUUGUAUCUCCAUUUGAGUCCUUCCUACAUGAUAGUAUGAAUCAACCAAACACAUCUGGUACGUUUAAACUUCCUUCAGCGAUUUCAAGUGAACAGCAGAGGCGAAAUGAGGUCGCCACAACCAACAGGAAUAUUGAAAAAGAAUCAGACAAUAGUAAUCCUGUAAACGUGUUACAAGACUGAUGAAAUGUUGUUGUGAUAUAUAACAAAUUAAUUUAUGUAAAAAUUCACUGUACAAAUAAAAAAUUUUUUCCAAAAAA